AUGGCACAUGUUACGGGUCUAUUGGGGGGUUAUAAGUUAUCGGUAGCACGAAAAUGGGAUGUUACUAACAAACUAACGGGUCGUGAAAUUCACGCCACAGGUGGUGGUUUUUUUUACAAUGGUAAAGAUUACGGGGUGUUUCGUGGAAAGACUGUUCGACAUUAUUAUACCCUAAAACGAUAUUUAUUAUUUGAACGAUUUGAACAAGUGUCUAAUAACCGUAUAAUAAUUCCUGUAUCAAAUUCAACGGUAAAAGCACCGCUUCCAAAUUGUUUAUUGACCGUACGAAAUGUUGCUGAUUUAGACGAGAAUGUGAAAUUUAUUUUUGAACGAACACCGGGGUAUGAAGCGGAUAGUUUUGCAUUGGCUGCCGAUGUAAAAAACCGGUCAAAAUUAUCCAUUGUUUUGAAUAUAUACGAUGAAAUAUAAUCAAAUAAUCAUUCACAAUGCAGCAAUCAGACUACGUAAAGCUGUUAAAAGGUGGUGGUACAUGUUAUAAGGGGUCACGUUUGUAUGUGUUACCCGGUAAAGCAUCAACCGUUGAAGAACGCGCUGCCGGUAAAAUUUGUCCACCACCCCAGUUAAAUCCGGGUUACGCAACAAAUCCUAAAAUACAAAGGGUUGGUAAAAUACAACCAAGAGUUCCUAAACAGCAAACGUUGCAAACCGGUUCACGUGCCGGCACAAGUGUAGCUCCGGAAAUUUUAAAAUUAAUCUAUGGGUAG